CCCACCCCUCCAUAUUGGAGUGGUUCAUUCCAGUAGUUCCGGGGACUGAAGACUUCCCUUCAGGCCGCUCCCGCACUGCCUUGUGGGAACCUGGGAUUAGCCCAGGAGGCCGCUGGGAGCCACGGUACUUUGUGGGAGGGCAGAAAGAUGGCGGCGCCCGUAAGGCGGCCUCUGUUAGGGGUAGCGAGGGAUUGGCGGCGGUUCGAGGGGCUCUGGGCCAGUGGCCUGGGUUCUCGCAGCCUGGCCCUUGCGGCCGCACCCUCGAGCAGCGGGUCUCCAUGGCGCCUGUUGGGCGCAUUGUGCCUGCAGCGGCCACCGCUGGUCUCGAAGCCACUGACACCAUUGCAGGAGGAGAUGGCGGCUCUACUACAGCAGAUCGAGAUAGAGAGAAGCCUGUAUUCAGACCAUGAGCUUCGUGCUUUGAGUGAAGCCCAGCGACUAGCAAAGAAGAAAGCUGACCCUUAUGAUGAAGAAGACGAUGAACGGAAAAUACUGCUGGUGCAAGAUUUGGAAGAUGCGUGGGAGCAGAAAUUCCUACAGUUCAAACCUGGAGCUCGCAUAACAGAAGCUGAUAAAAAGAAUGACCGGACCUCACUGCAGCGAAAGCUAGACAGGAACCUUGUCCUGUUGGUCAAAGAAAAGCUUGGAGACCAGGAUGUUUGGGUGCUGCCCCAGGCAGAGUGGCAGCCUGGGGAGACUCUCCGAGGAACUGCUGAGCGAACCCUGGCCACACUCUCAGAAAACAACAUGGAAGCCAAGUUCCUCGGAAAUGCACCUUGUGGCCACUACAAGUUCAAGUUCCCCCAGGCAAUGAGGACAGAGAGUAUUCUCGGGGCCAAAGUAUUCUUCUUCAAAGCACUGCUACUAACUGGAGACGUUUCCCAGGCUCGGAAGAAGGACAGUCAUGUGUGGGUCAGCAAGGAGGAGCUGGGUGACUAUUUGAAACCAAAAUACCUGGCCCAGGUUAGGAGAUUUCUCUUGGACCUCUGAUGGACUGAGCUGCCUCUGGACAAUGCUCGAACAGGUCUGCGAUCGGGGCCUCAGGGGCGUUUUGUUGUUGCCCCAUCUUUGCAGGGAAUAUCAAGCAGCGGACUACAUUCUGAGAAAUAAAUGAGUUUAUCUUUGUGUGUUCUUGUCUGAUUUGUCCUUUGAGGACUACCGGCUUCUCCCAGUGAGGAGAGAGCCAUCUCUUAGGGUGCCUUUCCUUUUUUCCCAAGCUGAUAAUUGAGUAUUGCAUUACUUUAUAGUGAAUCAGCUGACUUCCUGGGCCCAGGAAGAAAGAACAGAAGGAAAUGAAUCAACCUCCUAAAAGCCUGGAGUUUUGUGAAAGCUUCUAUGCCCGUGAAAAUAAACUAGUUCUGUGUAGUUUCUUAGCUAUUUUCUGUUUUGUUUUUCC